AUGGGUCGUGGCCGUGGAAAAAAAAAAUUCGCAAGUCUUUGGUGCAUGCGUACUAAAAAACAUUUUGUUGUACCAUUAACAACAAUAAAAAAUGUUAAGUACAGAGUAAUUGGCACAGUGUUUAAUUAUAAUAAGGUAGAGACUAAGCUGAUUGACAUAGGAGAUGAUGAAAAAGUACUACAGCAAAAAGCUAUUAAUGAGGAAAAUGUGUCGUUGGCCAUUGAACAAGCGAAAACUAGGUCUCAAGAAGAAAAAAUUCCUGAUGAAGUUGAUAAUCAGGACGAGAAGUCGGCUGUAUUGAAUUCAAAUAAACGAAAAAUUGAUGAGAAAAUUGGAUUAGAUUCUCCAAACGGUUCUUCAACAUCGUCGGCUUCUCCUAGUACCCGGGGGUACCCGAGUCGAAAAGGUUCAGCCUUAUUUCAAGCUGUUCAAACUGCUAACUCUCGGUGCAACAAAUAA